AUGACCGCUAAGAUCCGUGUCGGUCUCGUAGGCUUCGGAACGGGCUCCAGCGUCUUUCACGCGCCGCUGCUCAUGAGCUCGGGCCAAUUCGAGCUCACGCAUGUGCUGGAGCGUUCGACUAGCAAGAGCCAAGUGCUUUCACCUGCGCCUAAAAUUGUGCGCUCCAUGGACGAACUGCUUGCCACGGACAUUCAGCUCGUGGUCAUCUCCACACCCACGACCGUGCACUUCGAGCAGGCCAAGCAGGCGAUGGAAGCCAAGCGCCACGUGAUCGUGGACAAGCCGCUGUGCGUCACGGCGCAGCAAGCCAAAGACUUGAGCGCCAUUGCUAAGGCCAACGGCGUUCUGUUCUCCGUCUUCCACAAUCGCCGCUUCGACAGCGACUUCCUCACGCUGCGAGGCUUGAUCGAGGACGGCACCCUUGGAGAAGUGCAGAAAUUUGAGGCCCACUACGACCGCUACCGUCCCAACAUGAAGGGCUACUGGAAGGAGAAGGCCGGCCUCUGUGGAGGUGUGCUUUACGAUCUGGGUGCUCACGUGACGGACCAGGCGCUGCAGCUCUUCGGUGAACCCGAUUCGGUCGUGUCCGAUGUGCAGAUCCAGCGUGAAGGAGCCGAGAAUGACGACUACUUCCGCCUUGAGUUUAAAUACGACAAGUUCCCGGAACGGGAGGUGAUACUGAGCGCUGGAAUGCUAGUAAAGAACCCUGGUCCGAAGUAUACCGUUGUGGGUACCAAGGGAACGUUCGUCAAGUACGGCGAGGACGGACAGGAGGAUGCUCUGCGUGCUGGCAAGCGUCCUGGUGACGAAGGCUGGGGUCAAGAGCCCGAGAACACCUAUGGCAAGUUCACGGACGCUACUACGGGGGAGACUCGCGUCAUUCCCAGCAAACUCGGAUCGUACGAAGUGUACUACAAGAACAUUGCAGCGGCUAUCCGUGGCGAGGAGAAGCUGCUGGUGAACCCGGAAGAGGUGAUUCCGCAGAUUCGCAUCAUUGAAGAAGCCAAGAAGACCGAGCGUGUGAACCGCAUUACUAUGUAA